GGGAAACAACAAAGACGCUGAGCCGUCUAUCAGUCCCUGGAUCUGAUCACACCACCUCUGCUCGUAUAACUGUCCCCUCUACAAGUUACAGAAUCUUGGGUGCUGUGCAAGAUUCGCUGACUCAAGAUGCCUGCGGGUGUGUACUAUUCAAUGCCAUAUUGUGCCAUCUUUGUUUUGCCGAUCCUCCUGAUGGAUGUACCAGCUGUGGAGGGAUAUGUGUGCGCAUACACAAACAGUACCCCCAACACCACCAUGAUCUUUGAAGACCUGCCAUCAAUGUUUGGCUACCAGCUGCUAAAAGAGGGGCUCCAGGGUUAUCUGGUAUUUGCAAAGCCUGAUAAUGCUUGUGAACCCAUCGCACCACCCCCUUCAAACACCACCAUCCUUGACUUUAUCGUUCUGAUUCGCAGAUAUGGGUGCAAUUUCGAUGUCAAGGUACUUCAGGCACAGCAGGCUGGAUACAAAGCUGCAAUAGUGCACAAUGUUGAUUCGGACCAACUGCUCAGCAUGCGCUCAAGCAAUGAGGAGAUCAGACACCAGAUAACAAUCCCGUCUGUGUUUAUUGGGGUCCAUGCUUCCCAGUUCCUGAAGUCUCUGUUCACUUAUGAUAAAGGUGCAUACAUUGUACUGAUGCCAGACUUCAACUUCCCGCUGGGAUAUUACCUCAUUCCGUUCACUGGCGUUGUUGGAAUUGUGAUUGUCGUAAUGAUUACUGUCAUGAUAGUGAGAUGUGUGCAGUAUCAGCGCAGAAUCCGGACAAGCCGACUGUCAAAGGAGCAACUUAAGAAAAUUCCAGUGCAUAAAUUCAACAAAGGGGAUGGAUAUGAAGUCUGUGCGAUUUGUCUGGAUGAGUAUGAGGAGGGUGACAGACUUCGAGUAUUGCCCUGCUCGCAUGCUUACCACUGUAAAUGUGUGGACACUUGGCUAACUCAGACCAAAAAAACCUGCCCAGUCUGCAAACAGCGUGUCCUGCGUUCAGUGAGUGAUUCCGAGUCAGGAUCUGAUAUGGAAAAUCACCCAGAAGAUGAGCAACAAUCUGAGCGCACACCUCUUCUCCGGGCAGCUCCACUCUCCGCCACACACUCGUUUGGUUCCAUGGCUGAUUCCCUUGCGCAGCAUGGUGAGGAACGCCUGACAGAAUCGUGUGAGGAUGGUUACAGCAGUGUUCACACCGAGGGGCAGCAAAUCCCAGACCACGAGCAGGAGGACCAAAGUGACUCUUCAAACACCACAGGAUCUGGGUCUGAGCCCAGUCUCAAUCCUGGGACUGUUUUCAAUGUGUAAUUAGGAAUCUUGGGCUUUAUACUGAUAUUAUCUGUAAAACUGCAAUCAUUAAUGUGUGACUCAGGCUCAGGCAGAACUUUAUUUAGGAUUUCUUUGGGUGGAGCGUUUGAAUAUAUAUAUUUUUGGUGUGAACAGGGGAGGUGCUGCUGUUCAUGAUCAGCAGCUUUAGGUUUUGAUCAGUGCAGCAUAGGCUGGUUUUGUAACUUCACUAGGGCAGGUCACUCGGUGCCAACGGAACACAAACAUUCUCCACUUUCUGUAACAAAUGGACAUUCAAUGGGGGACAAGGAAAGAAGAGUGGCAGAAUGUGGUGAAUAUCUCACUAAAUACGAGGGUGAAGAAGCUUUCCUCUUCCUAGUUCUGUCGGAAGUACAUGAAUUAAAAAGCACAACUGUCAGGAGCCCUUGCUAUUUUCUACUCUAGUACUGUUGCACCAUCCUUUCCCUGCAGGCUGCUACCAUUAGCUAGCUUUCUCUGUCUCUGUGCCCUCACCAAGAUAAAGACCCUGAUAGACUGUAUGUGCUUCCUAAGUGCGUAGUGAAAGAGCGCCUGCUGCCUGGAACCUGAACUUGGAAACUGCAGUAGGCUGAGUGCUGCUGCUUCUUGGGAGCUCUCCCAGAGUCAGCCUGCACUGAGGUGGAAGUGUGCUGGCCAAUCUGUUUGUAUAGUUCAGAUGCCCCUUUUCAUACUGCAAUUUUUGUAAGUCUGCUCACCAAAAUAUUAUUUUGUUUGUUACAAUUGUGCAGUUAAUUGAACAGACAGAAAUAAAUUGUGAUCAUGCUGUUAGAGUGGGGAAUAGGAACAGACCUAGAAACCAGAGAAAUGGUACAGUCCUGAUGUUUGAGUAAUCCCUAAGGUUCCCAAUGUUCUGCUUUAUUUAGCUGUUUGUAGCUGUUUCCUGAUUUAUAAGGAAUGUAGCAUUUACCAAUGAUUGCUGUCCAGAAAGGAGGGCCAGCGCUUGCGAGGUCCCAAUUGCAGACUGCUUCCUGUUGAUCUUUCAACCUGAGUGAGUGUCUCUCACUGACAAUAAAUGUGUAGAAGUAACUUGGAUGACUAGAAAAUCUACGAUUAGGAUUAUUCCAGAGACUGGUCCUCUGGCAGAGCGGUGCUGUUGACCCCAUUGAGGUUUUAUGUUUUAGUGGGGCCCUUGCUUGUAUUUUGUGCUGAGGUGAAGGGAAAAUUGUGAUGGCACAGAUCAGACAUGUUACUACAAAAAACAGCAAUCUGUUCGCAUCCUCCCAUUGAACAUUUACACACCCAGGUCAGUGUGUGUCCUCCCAUUGAACAUUUACACACCCAGGUCAGUGUGUGUCCUCCCAUUGAACAUUUACACACCGAGGUCAGUGUGUGUCCUCCCAUUGAACAUUUACACACCCAGGUCAGUGUGUGUCCUCCCAUUGAACAUUUACACACCCAGGUCAGUGUGUGUCCUCCCAUUGAACAUUUACACACCCAGGUCAGUGUGUGUCCUCCCAUUGAACAUUUACACACCCAGGUCAGUGUGUGUCCUCCCAUUGAACAUUUACACACCCAGUCUCCCUGUAUCACAUAACCCUCUGCUCUGUCCCUUGUCGCGCUGUAAGUUUGUUUCUCUCAAGUGCCCAUCAAAUUUCCUUUGGAAAUCAUUCCCAUGGUCUCCGCUUCCAUCACCCAUGUAGGCAACAAAUUUCAGGCUGUUCCCACUCAUUGCAUAAAAAUGUUCUUUCUCACGCCUCCCCUGUGUAUCCCUGCCAAAACUUUAAAUCUCCCUAAUCCUUGUACAUAAACUAAUCCCAGUCUCUGUAUUCCAAUAUAUAUCAAAAAAGUCUUAUCCCUGCCUGUAUGUAUAUGUGUGUAUCUCUCUGUCUAUCUUCCAGUGUGUCAAUGGGAAGAGGUCAGUGAUACACAUAUUAAAUUCUUGAAAUACACAUUCCUAAUCCACCAACCAAUGAUGAUUUUUGAAUGUGUAUCUAGUUUGAAAAAAAUUGGCACAUUUGGGUCUUGGUAACUCAAGUCCCAGCCUGAUGCCUACAGAACUGUUUUCUCAGGACUGGCUCUUGCCGAUGAAUUUUCCAUUUUGCAUGUGUCAGUAGUACAGAUGCUUGAUUAUUGAAUCCACAGUUUACUCAGCACAACUUUAUUUCAGCCUUUUACAACCUAGCACCUCACUGAAUACUGACAGCCUGGACCCAGGGCAGGCUUGAAUUGGGAGUUCAGUACAAUCGACCUUGCCCCCAAAUGCUGUUUUCGUACAUCUAUUGCUACUGAGGCUCCUGCAAUCCUCCUGUAUGAUUUUAAUGUGCAUAAAUCAGUUUGGCUUAUUGCAUCAAUGGUGGAUUUUUCUGCACUCAACUCUCAAUUCAUUUAAAAAUUUGGUACUAAGAUUAUUCCGUUGAUUUUUUUUUUGUUAUUCACUUUGACUGCAUAGUAACCGUUGCCAUGGACCAGAGACACCAGGUUCCAUUCCCAGAGCUUGGCUGCAUUUGCUAAUCACAAGCAUUGUCCUCCACUUAUUAAGGGAGAUCAGCCAAUGUUCCCACCGUCCAGUGAUUGGAACGUGCUUGGGUUUGGACUUUGGCUGACAGCCUCCUUGUCAAAUUGUCUGUCAGUCCUCAACACUCUAAGCAGCUGGUGUCCCAUGGUAAGGAAAACAAAUAAACUCCAAUGUGUUCUGGUUUUUAAACAUUGAUUUCUGCUGUCAUAGCAUGAAGGAAGGUCUUUGAGAUGUACCCACUGUUGAAACUGCUUUACCUCCUGUCUAACAUCGUUCCUGCUGAGUCACUCCAACAAAUUUACAUGUAUGGUAUGAAAUAUUUUGUGGAUAAUUUAAUGUUUUAAUCAUGUAAUUUUUAACACUUCUUUAACUUAAAAUAUAAUCAAAUAUGUAAACAUUUCCAUUAAACACUGGACUAAGUGA